GUGUGUUAUCUUACUUCAAUCCAAUUCAGUGUUUCUGUUUUCCAGUCAGUCAGCCUGGUGAUGGCGGCUUCAUGUGUAUCUUUCAAUCUCCACUCACAAUUCUUGUCUAAAAGUAAACCACAAAACCCAAUUUCAGUAUCAUGGUCUUCUUCAUUUCCUCAAUUUAAUCAACCCCUUAACUUAAUUUCAUCAAAUAGGAACCUCAAGAAUCAGGGAUUGGUUGUCCAAGCAGCAUGGACACGAAGAUCAAGAAGCGAAGCAGAAAAGAGACCAAACAAGAAAUCAUGGAAACAGAGGACGGAUAUGUACAUGAGACCGUUUCAACUAAAUGUUUUCUUUUCAAAAAGAUUCAUUCAUGCAAAAGUGAUGCAUAGAGGUACUAGCAAAGUGAUAUCGGUGGCAACCACAAAUUCUAAGGAUUUAAGAAACACUUUGCCAUCAUUGAUAGACAACGAGGCUUGCAGAGUCAUUGGGAGGUUAAUAGCCGAGAGAUCAAAAGAAGCAGAUGUGUUUGCAGUGGCUUUUGAAGCAAAAAAGAACGAACGAAUUGAAGGCAGGCUUGCUAUUGUUCUUGAUACUAUCAAGGAUAAUGGUAUCAUAUUUGUUUGAAAUUCUUGUAGUUAGAUAGUUGAAUGAUUAUAGCUGACAUUCUCAGUUCAAAGUAUCAGAUACUGGAAAUUCUAGUUCUUUUUGCAGUUUUCUAAUAAUGUAUGCAUGACAUAACAUAAUUCCGAAAUUAACAUACAAUAAAAGUAUCCUAUUAAACCGAAA